CGCGGGUCCGCUGUUGGCGAAUCAGAAAGUGAUAUCUACAUGCGAUUCAUGAGGUCACAUAAGUGUUACGAUAUUGUUCCAACAAGCUCAAAGCUUGUGGUCUUUGACACUACACUACAGGUAAAGAAAGCUUUCUUUGCCUUGGUAGCAAAUGGUGUCCGAGCAGCUCCUCUGUGGGAGAGUAAGAAGCAAAGCUUUGUAGGAAUGUUAACUAUUACAGAUUUCAUUAAUAUACUGCAUAGAUACUAUAAGUCUCCAAUGGUACAGAUCUAUGAAUUGGAGGAGCACAAGAUUGAAACAUGGAGGGAGCUUUAUCUACAAGAAACCUUUAAGCCUUUAGUGAACAUUUCACCAGACGCCAGCCUUUUUGAUGCUGUGUAUUCACUGAUCAAAAACAGAAUCCACAGAUUGCCAGUUAUUGACCCAGUGAGCGGAAAUGCACUUUAUAUACUUACCCAUAAAAGAAUCCUCAAGUUUCUCCAGCUUUUUGUGUCAGAAAUGCCAAAGCCUGCCUUUAUGAAGCAAAAUCUGGAUGAACUUGGGAUAGGAACAUAUGACAACAUCGCCUUUAUACACCCAGACACUCCUAUCAUUAAAGCAUUGAAUAUAUUUGUAGAUAGAAGGAUAUCAGCACUACCUGUUGUGGAUGAGUCAGGAAAAGUUGUAGAUAUUUAUUCCAAAUUUGAUGUAGUAAAUCUUGCUGCUGAAAAAACUUAUAAUAACUUAGAUAUCACAGUGACACAAGCCCUACAACACCGCUCUCAGUAUUUUGAAGGUGUUGUGAAAUGCAGUAAGCUGGAAACACUGUUGACCAUCGUGGAUCGGAUAGUUAAAGCUGAGGUGCAUCGAUUGGUGGUAGUGAAUGAAGCAGAUAGUAUUGUUGGUAUCAUCUCGCUCUCAGACAUCCUACAAGCUCUGGUGCUCACACCAGCUGGUGCCAAACAAAAGGAAAGUGAAACUGAAUGAUUGCUGUGAACAUAUAAACCUUUGUAGAAGAACUUGAUUGAAGUCACUGGGUCAUCUUUGCCUCAAGAACACUGGCAGCACUAGAAAAGAGAGAAAUGGGGAUGAGUAUGUGUGUAUUGGGACUGAGUGUUGGGUAACUAGUCUAUUACUUCCCAGUGACUGUCACACACAAAAA